AUGUCUACCACUCCCGGAGUCUCGUACAAGAACGGCAAGAAGGUCUUCAUCCCGCUCGAGAACAACCCCGAGGUAUUCAACAAGCUCAUCCACAAUCUCGGCGUGUCUGAGAAACUCGGCUUCUACGAUGUCUACAGCGUCGAUGAGCCAGACCUGCUGGCCAUGAUUCCCCGCCCCGUCCACGCUCUCAUCUUCAUAACCCCCACGCCCAUGUACUACCGCGUGCGCGAGAAUGAUCCUGGCUCCGAGGAGUUGACCUACGACGGCUCCGGCCCUAAUGAGCCCGUCACUUGGUAUAAGCAGACUAUCGGCAACGCUUGUGGUCUCAUUGCUCUUCUCCACAGCCAAGCUCUCCCUCUCAAGCCACUACCCCGUGCCGACCUUUUGUACAAUUCUGCCGAGCUGGAGAAGGCUCACAUGGCCGCCGCAGUUACGGGCGAUACCGUGGCCCCUGCUAGCCAGGAGCCAGUUGGUUACCACUUCAUCAGCUUCGUCAAGGGGGAGAACGGGCACCUGUAUGAUCUUGAAGGAGGCUGGGGAGGCCCUAUCGACCGGGGCGUGCUGGCUGAUGACGAGGAUCUCCUCAGCGACAAGGCGUUGGAGGCUACUGUUAAGAAGUUUACCAAUGCCGCUGAUGGAAACCUCGAGUUCAGCAUCAUCGCUCUGGCGACUGUGCCCGAUGAGAAUUAG